GUCAACUGUCACACAGCUAUCAAAUCCGGAUAAGUAUUCAUAUUAUUACCUUUAUUGCUAUUUUCGAGGGACAGUUUUAAACAAACACAGCAACUUGGAUCAACCCACGCAGCAGAAUUUUUCGGGUGCAUUAGACCAACAACUCAUAAGGAGAAUGGACAAACAGAGAAAUAUGAUUACAUUUUGUCUGCUCAUGGCAGCUAUUUCCAGCACUUUGUCGACUGGAGAAUGGAAGGCCUCCGUCGUACAAAAUCUGGAAGCCCUGGUUACUUCCUGUGUUGUGGUCCCCUGCUCUUUCUCCCAUCCUGAUGGAAUAUUGUCAAAGUCCCAACUAAGAGGCAUAUGGCAUGUCUCAGAUAAGAGGGAUAACAUAGUCUACCAUGAGGAUCAGACAAGAAUUUUGGACAAAUUUAAAGGUCGAACAAAACUGUUAGGACGUCUGGAUGAGAACAACUGCACCUUAGAGUUAACUGAAGUGAAAGAUCAUGACACCGGCCCUUACUGUUUUCGAAUUGAAUACGCAAAGACAAAUGAGCCCACCAAACAGAAGUUCUCAUUUAUUGAAGAUUGUGUCCAUUUUCAAAUGACCUAUGAUCCACCAAAGCCUGAGCUCUCUUCAUCAAAGAAACCAAUUCAGGGGAAACCUUUCACGGUCACCUGUUCAGUCCAACACACCUGCCCAUCACAUGUGCCUAAACUCACAUGGAGUAAGGGAAGCACCCCCGAUGAUGUAUUUGAGAAAGAAAUUGACAUGAAACAUGGUGUGUGGAGGACGGAGUCUGUUCUGACAUUCAUUCCUGAAGAAAAUGACGACCACACUGAUCUCAGCUGCACCGCAGAGUUUUUUGGAGGGACGAAAUCUGCGGCCACCAUACCACUUCACAUAAAACGUACACAAAACUACUAUCACAUCAUCAUUCCCGUCUCAGUGGCGGCUGGUACUGCGGCCAUCUUUGGACUUCUCUGCAUUGUGAUGAUGAAAAAAUACAAGAACCGCAUCGUAGAGCUUCAGAGACGGGAUGGCAGAUCAUCUAUGUGGAGCAGAUUUUCUAAGAGGCCCAGAAGGGACGUUCCAGAUCCUCGAGAAAAACCCAGUCAUUUGAAUUCAAAAUCCUGUGGGGAACAAAAAGUCUCCAAACCCCGUCUCCCGUCCCCCAAAAGCCAGCAUAAAGCCUACAACUACAACGAGGACUGUGAUGGUGAUGACUACGUGAACACUGCUGAUCUCAAUGUCAAGGACAAAUGGAAAAAAAGAUAUGUUUUCUGUGGAUCCAGUACUUGGCAUGUACAUUUGCCAAGCAAUAUUGAAGGAUUGGUGGGUUCUUGCCUAGUCAUUCCUUGUAGUUUUGACUACACAAGCUAUCCACCUGAGAAUCCAAAUCGUGUUGUUUGGUAUCAGUAUGUGAGCAGGGGAUAUCCCUUAGUUUAUGACAGAUGGGAUCCCAACAAUGUAAUCUCCAAGUUCAUGGGAAAAGCAGUGUUAUUAGAUCAUGGAUAUGGCAAGACCUGCAGUCUAAAGAUCAAUCCAGUGACCUGGUCUCACCACAGAGAGAAGAUUUAUCCCUGGGUCGAUCCAGAGCACGUUGGGAAAAGAACAUACCGAUUCUUUGACAAAACUGUGACAAUUGAGGUCGUAGACAGAGCAAAGGUUCCAGAGAUUGUUAUUACUGGUGAGAUGAAGGUUGGAAACUCGGUAACUGUGCAAUGCUCCGCUGAACACACCUGUUCCAUCAACCCCCCGAUUCUGAGUCUCAACAUCCCACUGAGAAACCACCAUCAACGUCAAAGUGACCGGUCAGAUGGCACAUCUACAACUAUCUUGACAACAACUUUUGUCAUAGAGAGAGACCAUCAAACCGUGGAGUGUUCUGCCAGACAUCCUGGCUCCUUGUUCCCCUUGUCUAUCACAACUGUAUCAAAAGAAUUUCUUGAGGGAAUUGCAAGCAAAGUAACCUGCACUGCCUCAUACACAUGCCCUAGAAAUAUGCCAACUUUCACGUGGAAUUAUGGCAGCAUGCCAAUAUCCACUUCUACUACCCAAGUAUCUGGGAACACUGUAUUGUGGAAAACAAGUUCUACUCUGACAUUUACAUCAUCAGCUAGUGACCAUGGACGAUCUCUAACAUGUUAUGCCCAAUUCAGUGGAGCACAGAAACAGCAAACAAGUAUCACCCUGAAUGUUAAAAGAAAUAUGCACUCUCUGGGCUGGUCCUUCUCUACUCCUCGGAUCAUAACAGGAUUGAAAGGGUCAUGCAUUGUCAUUCCUUGCAAGUUCUCCUACGCUAACUCCCAGCCUCAGGGCCUCCAAGUGAUAUGGUACUUGUACCAAAGCAGAGGUUAUCCAUCUGUAUUCAACCAAAGAGAAAGAAAUGUUGUCAGUAAAUAUCAUGGGAUAACAAGUGCGGCAGGGUCUGUGGCAAAUGGGAAUUGUAGCCUUAAAAUCACGACAUGUCACACAACCUGGAUCAACUCUACCCAUGGCCAUGAUUACUCCUUUUAUGAAAAGACCACUCAACUCAGAGUUUUAGACCAUCCACAGGAACCACAGCUGAGAAUCAUUGGCAUCCCAAGGGUGGGACAAAAGAGCACAGUAUCUUGCAGUGUGCGACAUGCAUGUAUUUUUGAUCCCCCUUCCUUAACUCUGCAUAAUAUAGUUGGAACAGACUUCUUCAAAGACUCUAUCAUAUCAGAUGGGAUUUGGGAAAGAACUGUAGAACGAACAUGGAUUGCAGAAGAAAAAAACAAAAAUGUGAAGUGUACUGUGCGCUAUCCUGGUGGCCAGCAAGCCUCAAGCGAGCUCAUACUGAAUGUUGAAUGUCCACACGAAGACAUCAAAAUGGUUGAACCACCAGGACAAAUGAUGGAGGGUGUAGCAAAGAGUGUCAUCUGUUCUGUUUCAUACAAAUGCAAGAAAAACACUCCCACAAUUGUUUGGAACUACGAUGGCAUGCCAAGUUCUCUUACAACCAAAGCUAUCUCCAGCAAUACAUACAUGACAGAGUCAAAUGUCACAUUUAUUGGCUCUAUGGAUGAUAAUGGAAAAUAUUUAAAUUGCACUGCAACGUUUUCAAUUGGAUCUACCUCAGAUUCUGCUAAACUGGACAUAAAAAAAUACGAGAAACCAGUGGAAGAAGAUGAUCUAGAGACACAUCAAAGUGACACAUUCCAAGUCCUGGCUGCAGACGUGCCUUUCAGAUUCAGCGCCCUGACCCGCUCUUGUGUGGUGAUCCCAUGCAGUUUCAGGGACACAGGCGAUGAACCCAUGUCUCGUGGCAUGUGGUCCAAAAAAAAUGGGGGACUUGUCUUUCAUAAUGGUCGGAGCUACAUAUUAGAUCAUUUCAAGGACCGAACCAGACUGUUGGGCGAUCUAAAUGAGGGAAACUGCUCAUUGGAGAUUGACGACAUCAAACCCUUUGACAAUGGACCUUUCUGUUUCCAUGCAGAGAAAGGACAGGAUAAAUACAAGUUUAACAACAGCUGCGUAUUCAUUGUGAUGAAAGCUUCCCCAGAUAAACCAGUGAUGACCACAGUUCCAACUGAGGUUGAUGCUGGUUCAACAGUAAAGGUCUCAUGUUCUGUUAGUCAUACCUGCUCAUCACACCCCCCGGUGUUUUCAUGGAGUGUCCCUUACACCACCAGCGAGGUUUCAGACGUGUCAUUAUCAAGGGGCAUCUGGCAGAGGAUGUCUACCAUCUCAUUCACGGUUCCCGGGGGAGAUGGACAUAAAAACCUGACCUGUACUGCCACUUUCUGGCGUGAAAAGCAACAAGCCAAUACAGUUUCAUUCACUGUGAAGGGAACGUUGAUGCACCAGUGGAGAAGCUCUGCUCCAGUCGCCAUUCCGGUGUCUCUUUUACUGCUUGUUCUCAUCAUCAUAGCUGCUGCCCUUGGAGUAUUCAUCUGGAGGAAAAGGAGAAACCAUCAAGCGGAAAGGGAAAAGCCUUCAAGGCCUGAGAAACGGGCAACCCGUGAUAAAAUCGGGUGGAAAAAUGACAGGUACCAAGACAACGUUGCUGACUAUAGUGUCAGCUAUUUAAACAACACUGUAACCUGUGAGACUCGUGCCCCAAAACAACGCUUUCCAUCUCCAAAAGAAAAAAAGAGACGACCUCCACCCGCCACACCUGAGGAUGGAAAUGUGUACGGGAACAUGUGAGUCCACCAAAGACACCUUUGCAUCAGCUUGGAAAUGUAUCAACAUUUUCCCGCCCUUUCUUUUAUGUUUUCUCCUCAUUCAUCCUGUUAGUUCUUGUAUAUUCAUGACUGAUGAAAGAUAAAUAAUUUGACUAAUUCAGGGGACCUCUGAAAAAAAAAACGUAUGCAUUUUUUUUACAAUAUCUGAAAAAAUGAGUAAACGGAUUUGAGAUUUCAUCCUUUUGUUUUCUGUACCUGACUGGGUGGUGGGCUGGUGCAGCAGGGGUCAUGGCAUACAGCCUGAAGAGGCUCCUUUCCCCUCACAGGAACAUAGAGAGGGAGAAUAUCACUUUCAUACCUAGUUAAUACAAAAAUUAGGGGGAUAAAAAAAGGUUUUCUUGAAAAACAUCAGCCGAAUGUGUCAGCAGGGAGAUUUGUUUCCUUGUUGCAAGGUAACCACAUAAAUUGUGGUCCAUUAUGUUUGGGUAGCCUUUUUUCUUUUGGUUUUCUUAGUUUUUCUCCUAGUUAUUCUUUAGUGUUUUGGUUUUUAGUGUUUGUCCCUAUAUUUUCUUUUUGUGUUUGGUUUUAGCUUUAUUUCUUUUAUUCUAUUUUAGUUUUCAGUCCACACUUAAAGUAUUGUGUUACCCCUAAACGUCCUUUAGUUGUAUUGGUUUUGUCCCUUGAUCUCACUCACUCCUUUGUCUGUUGAACAGUCUUUAUUUGUUUUUCUUUCUCUUUUAAUUUUUUUCAAUGUUAUUUCUUGUGCAUUGGUGGCACCAUAGGUCAUUUAAAAAAGAAAACUAUCAUUAAUGCUCUGUUGCAGUCUGUAUUUAGGCAUAACUUCCUAAUUAUCUGCCUUUGUCAAACAUGGCAGUGCGACAU